GGGGCCGCCGAGCCGGUGGGAACUGAUAUUAAGCUUUUAUCGAUUUGAUUGUUUAGACACUCUCCUUCUGUUUGGCUCUUGCACAACGUUUAUCCCCAACGAGAAUCUCAAUAUUCUUCCCGAAGUCCACUGACUCAACUCUGCGCAAUUAUGAAUGAAACCGGGUCGUCGCAUAAAGCCUCGAUGAAGCUCAAACACACCAUCAAUCCCAUCCUUUUGUAUUUUAUAAACUUUGUCGUAUUCAUCUACACUAUUUUAACGUACGUUCCAUUUUACUUCCUCUGUGGGACGAGACAGGUCAUAGCAAGAUCAAACCAAAUUAAAGCAAAGCCCGUGAAUGACGAUCCGGAGAGUCCUUACAGGUCGGUUAAUAGCCUGCGCUGUCUGGCGUCGGUUUUAUACCCUGGAUGCGACACCUUAGAUAAAGUUUUUAAGUACGCAAAGACAAAAUUUAAAAACAAAAGGCUCUUGGGAACACGCGACGUACUAAACGAGGAAGACGAGAUCCAACCGAACGGCAAAGUGUUUAAGAAGGUUAUCCUUGGAAACUACAACUGGCUCUCGUACGAAGAGGUUUACGUCAGAGCCCUUAACUUUGGAAACGGCCUCCUUGUGUUGGGACAGAAACCGAAGACGAACAUCGCCGUCUUCUGCGAGACUAGAGCCGAAUGGAUGAUUGCCGCGCAAGCUUGUUUCAUGUACAAUUUCCAACUCGUUACACUGUAUGCUACCUUGGGAGGCCCAGCGAUUGUGCAUGGAUUAAAUGAAACCGAAGUGACCAACAUCAUUACCAGUAAAGAACUUCUUCAGACAAAAUUGAAGGAGAUCGUUACCCAGAUUCCGCGUCUGCGGCACAUUAUAACCGUAGACAGCAAGCCACCGACGUGGUCCGAGUUCCCCAAGGGGGUCAUCGUUCACACGAUGGCAGCGGUUCAGGCGUUGGGAGCCAAAGGAGACGUUGGAGAGAAAUUUCACAGCAAGCCUGUACCCUCAGAUAUUGCGGUGAUCAUGUAUACGAGUGGAUCCACGGGACUUCCAAAGGGCGUGAUGAUCUCGCAUUGUAAUCUUAUCGCUGGGCUCACCGGGAUGGCUGAAAGAAUUCCAAAAUUGGGACAGCAAGACGUCUACAUCGGGUACCUCCCGCUUGCCCACGUCCUAGAAUUGAGCGCUGAACUGGUCAGCCUCUCCCACGGAUGUCGUAUUGGCUAUUCCUCACCGCAGACUUUGGCAGAUCAGUCUUCGAAAAUAAAGAAAGGAAGCCAAGGAGAUACAUCCGUGCUCAAACCCACCGUAAUGGCAGCCGUUCCGGAAAUCAUGGAUCGCAUCUACAAAAAUGUCAUGAACAAAGUAAAUGGAAUGAGCGAUUUCCAACGUAAUCUGUUUAUUUUGGCGUAUAAUUAUAAAAUGGAGCAGAUUUCCAAAGGCUACAGUACCCCCCUCUGUGACAGGUUUGUUUUUCGAAAAGUACGGAGUUUACUAGGGGGAAAUAUUCGCCUCUUACUCUGUGGCGGCGCUCCCCUUUCCGCCACAACUCAGCAGUUCAUGAAUAUCUGCUUCUGCUGCCCGGUCGGUCAGGGAUACGGACUCACCGAGUCAGCUGGGGCUGGCACAAUCACAGAAGUUUGGGACUAUACUACGGGCAGAGUGGGAGCUCCGUUGGUUUGCUGUGAAAUUAAGUUAAUGAACUGGGAAGAAGGUGGAUACCAUAAUACCGAUAAACCGUGCCCACGAGGGGAGAUUCUUAUUGGUGGCCAGAAUGUGACAAUGGGAUACUAUAAAAACGAGUCAAAAACCAAAGCUGAUUUUUUCGAAGACGAAAAUGGACAAAGAUGGCUCUAUACCGGAGAUAUUGGAGAGUUCGAUCCAGAUGGGUGUUUAAAGAUAAUUGAUCGUAAAAAGGACCUUGUAAAACUCCAGGCCGGAGAAUACGUCUCCCUUGGCAAAGUUGAGGCGGCUUUGAAGAAUCUCCCACUAAUAGAUAAUAUAUGUGCAUAUGCAAACAGUUUCCAUUCUUAUGUCAUUGGAUUUGUGGUGCCAAAUCAGAAGGAGCUGACGGAGCUAGCUCGACAAAAAGGGUUUAAAGGAACUUGGGAGGAGCUCUGCAACAGCGCUGAAAUGGAGAAGGAGGUUCUCAAAGUGCUCUCUGACGCAGCCAUUUCAGCAAGUCUGGAAAAAUUUGAAAUUCCCAUGAAAAUUCGCUUGAGCCCUGAACCGUGGACCCCUGAAACAGGUCUGGUGACAGAUGCCUUCAAACUAAAACGCAAAGAGCUAAAGACACAUUACCAGGAGGACAUUGAACGAAUGUAUGGAAGAAAAUAAUCCUUUUUUCCUCUCUCCAUCAGUUUGCUACAGUGAGCUCAGAUCAAAUAGGAAAAUACUUGAAUCGUGGGUCUCUCCCUUGAGACAAACUCCAUUCCUCAUUUUCAGCCUAAAACUGUUGUUUUUCAUCCCACCCCGUUCUUAACUGACAGGAUAAGUAAAAUGUUAAGACAGCAAACCUGUGUCUGUCUGUUCUUUUGUUUUUUCCCUCAGUUUCUUUCACUACCUGUGACUGUACUUGUCAGUCUGUGGAUUUUCCUAAAUCUUAUUGAGCAAGCAAGGAUUUUGAAAUCUGAUUUUUAAACAUAAUUUGUAAAUCCGGAGUAAUGUUCAGUUUGUAACUUUUUAAAGCGUGGAUGUAUAGAGGGGUAGCUAGGACAUAAAAUAAAUUGUUACUUUGGAGGAGCCUUUUUUUACUUACAGUAUUUAAAAACAAAAGGGUAUUGAUGUGAAAUUGUGUAAAUUUCAAAGCUCAUGUUUCAGUCACUGUUGGAUAGAAGUAGCAGAUUUGCUGUGUGUUACUGUAUGCAUUUUAGAGAAAUAGGCAUCUUCACAUAUGAUUUAUAAACCAUCACCACCUGAAUAUGUGCCUGACAGUUUCUUCUCUAAAUAUUUAAUUUUUUUACUGGAAAUGAUCAAAUGAGGUCAUGGCACUGUAUAUACUGAGGUUGCACCAUAGGUUAUGUGUAAUAAUGCAGAAGGUAUUUAGCACAGCAAAGUGAUGCCUCUUGAUAAAUAGUCUUUGAGAGCUCACUUUCAAAAUGUAUUGAGACAAUUUUAUAUAAAUAGUUUUAAAACUAAACAGGACUCUAAAUUGCUGAAUAAAGUCAAUACUGGAAAUUUCACAACUUAUGUUUGAAAGGUGAGUCUUGGGCAGGGGGAAGGAAUCAGCCUCUGUCUCAUCAUCAGCCUUUAUAUAUAUUCAGUCAGCUUUCUUAAUCUCACUACUUCUCAAUUUGGAAAACUGGCCUCUCCUAAAGGAAAUCUACGUCGUUUAAUUAUUGCCUGUUCUUUUGAAAAUUUAGGAUCUUUCUUCUGAUUUAGCUUUUUUCACCAAGUUUAUUUAUUUUCCCUGGUAAUUAUUAAUUGUUGAGCCAGAUUAUUUGGGAAAAGGAGCUUCAACUUCUAUCUUCCAGCCGGUAAAUUGUUCUCAUUUUGAGAUUUGGGGUGCUUUCUAAGAUUAGAAAGAUAUUUAUUUGGAUUUUGGGGGAUGUGUAUCCUGUGGAGUGUGGAAGAAUAAUCUGGUCCAGGUCCCAUAGGAAAUUGGAAGGCUUCUUCCCAUAACACCUUAGAAUGAAACAAGAACGUUGAACUAUAAUUGGCAGAUUUCUCUGUAAAGCUAGGAGCUAUUUUUAAUUAGGAAAGCUCUGCUGAUCUAAUACGAUAGCUAAUACAACCUUUUUGAGUUCAUAGAGCAUUACCUGGGGAACUCCAGGACAUGACGUCAAAGGUGAUAUCACUCAAAUUUGAAAUGGGCAUCAAGUCGUGCUUUUCCGUCUGAGGAAAAAUUGGCGUACUCUAAAUUAAGAGUAGUGGAUGAAUACUCCGGCAUCUCAAGCAGCCCCUAAAAGUGAAGAGAAUCACAUUUGUUCCUCUAAUUUUGGAUCGGGAAUGUUGUGGAUCGUUGAGGGGACCCAAGGAUAAGCAGUUUCCUCAUGGGUAAAGAAACUGGGUGCCUCACAAACGUAACUGAUUUGGAGAAUGAGCUCAGUCGGUGGGAUUUACCAGGUGCAUACUGUCCACAGGGCACUGAUCUAAGCUCUUGGGAGAGUAAUAGUCAUAACUGUGGUUUUUGUUAAGCGCUUACUACGUGCCAGGCACUCUACUAAGCGCUGGAUCGGAUACAAAUAAAUCGGGUUGGACACAGUCCCUGUCCACCAUGGUCCUCACUUUGUCAGUGUGUCAUAUAACGAUCCCUCUGAAGCAGUCUCUCUCUCUCUCGAUAAAAGAUGGACUGAUUGCCCAGAAGAGCUUGUCAAAUUAGAAAGCAUUUAGAGGAGGAGGAUGUUGUUGGAAGGUAGGAUAGGGACUGAAUGGAGUCAUCUGUUUCCCUACUAGGGUUGAGAGGGCUUUCAAGACCUUGAAAGCCUUGGCGGACACAGAAAUUGCAGGACCGAGUAGACUCGGGGGAAGCACGGUUGGGAAGAAAAGCCCCCUUGCCAAGCUGAAAUGAACACCUCCAUUUAACAUGCCAAAAGGUGGAAGGAAGUUUAAUGGCCACAAGAGAAGCGUACAAAAGAACUGGGGCAAAUGAUGAUGCUGAAUGAGCUUAUUGGGUUGCCGUUCAUGGCCCUGGAGUUUUAUGAUCUCUGAUGGAGAUGAAGUAAUCCUCAAAAUUCUGAUUUUGUUGGGUUUCACGUUUGAUUCUUCCAACGGGAAUAUGCCCUUGUGUGAGAUAGUUCAGGGCUUUAAAGAAAAAGAGUUUUACAAGAGAGAUACUCUGGACAAAUAGAUGCGAGCGAGUACUUCAGCACUGAGCUAGAAGUAAGAAUGGAUCUACUACAGAACAGCUAAGAAAUUAGCCUGCGGUUACGUAGUCUAGCUUUAUUCUUAACUGAAGUCUUUUGUGUUCUGGCAUGUGAUCGUUUGUUUCUGUUCCUCAGAAUAUCGAACGUUUAUUGAAAUGCGUAAGAUAAAUUGUUUUCACAGCAAAGGUUCCAGUUAAACAAGUUCCCCCUCCACAGAAAUCAUUCCCCCUCCCCUCCACACCGUACUGCACUAACCACUAGAUUCUAAAGGGAUUUGGAAACCGAGUUCGCACCUUUUCAUUAUACUUGGAAUUUUUUUGGAAAAGCUAGCGUAGUUCCAAAAUGGUAAGAGGUGAAAGGUUUAGCCUGGAAGUAAAGGAAAGAAAGGAACCGGAGCAGGUAUCUGAAUGUCUUUCCUUCAUUUUUGUGUUGUGUUUUGAAAUACAUUAAUAUUUUAAGAUGCAAGGUAAAUAGUAUGUAAUAAUAUGAAUUCCAGGAGCACUCUUAAAGAAUAAGCAAAUGUAUUUUUCUGGAAAUGGUUAGGAAAUAGAAUGAGAUGUCAGAAAAGUUCUUACAAGUUUGUGGUCGCAAAUCCACAAUGCCUGUAGGUUAUAACCCUCCAAGGAAGCAGCUGUCUUUUAGUAAAAUGUUUUGCUGAAGGAGGGCAGAACUAAGUCUUUAGCAUUAAUUUUUGUGAUAUCAGCACUGUAAGGAAUGACAGUUUUUUAAAAAGUGAAGUUCAUACUGUUUAUUAGAGCAGUCUGUAAAGCUUGUCAAUUUAUGCUGCACCUACCAGCAAGAAUAGAUUUACUUGCCAUGACUUUUUGUAUCUGCUGCCAAAAUUCACAAGCUAAUAAACAAUUUUGGUUUAGAAUUACUCUUAGACCCUGUGAUGCAACUUUUUUUUUUUAAUGUGAUGUGAGUGUUCAUUCUUUUGGACUUGUAAGAAAAUUGUAUACAUCUGUGUUUUAUAAAGGGGGGUACACUUUUAAAUGAUGUACAUAUUGGACCAUGCUGAAAAUGUAACAAUGACCAGUUGUAUAAUUGUAAUUGGUUAUUUAAUGUAAACUCGUUUUCAAUGCAUUCUUGGUUGUUGCUCUUAUCUGCCUGAAGAAGUGUAUAUCAUAGCAGAGUUACACUAUAUGUAUUAUUUAUUUGUAAUUGGACAUUAAGUUUCAAGAAUAAAGCACUGUAAAAUUGAGUUUCACAAA